GUCGCGGGCCCGCAGCCGCAGCGCCCAGGGCCGCCGCCCCGAGGAGGCCCCGCGUGCACCGGCGGCGGCGGGCGGGAUGGAACCGCGCUUGGGAAGUGGCUCGCGGCCUUCAUGCCUUUUUAGAGAAGUUGCCAAAAUUAUCGUUCGGGGGGAAAAAACCGUUAUUUAUGUGCCUGAGACCUGAGAGCCCCAUGGCCUGCUUCGCAAGGCAGCCUCGUAGGUGCAGUUACCAAAACUAAACUCCUAGCAACAAAAUUAUUUUAAAUACGUGGUUUGUCCAUGAAACAAACUCAGAAGAAUCCUAAAUCAUGACGCAAUCCUAUACUAACUUCAAGUGCUGACCGCCGUGCCUGCUGCCUUCUUUUACCCACAGUCAGCUGACAUCCGGAAGCAGAUGACCCUCCUUGUGACAUAUCCUCAGAAGGAGAUGGGAGUCAGCCUUUCAGAUUAAUCCUCCGUACAGGAACUAGUGGAAUACUUCUUUGUCUAAAUGGAAUCCAAGGGGAUUUACCUCUCAAGGCUUAUGACAGAUUAACCUCUGCUGAUGGGUCAGAGAAGAAGGAUAAGUACUGGAUGAAAGGACCAAGCCUUUCAAAUGUGAAAAUAGUACUAAAUAAUGAUCAAAGCUAGUUCAUUAAUUAAUUCAACAAAGACUUAUUGACCUGCUGUAAUAUGCUGGGCCCUGCUCCGGGAAGAUCCCUUGGUAUCAGCUUGCUUCCCUUGCCAGCUAACCUGGGCAUCUGUCUGUGCCAGCAUCGCUCACACUCCCUGGGCCUGACAGACAAAGGGAGGCAGUGACCUGUCACGGAGGGACACAGUCCCGACCCAUCUCAGGGCAAAGGGUCACCUUGGUGUCCAGGAAACUCAAGGUGGGAAUGAGAUCCCGAAACCAGGGCGGGGAAAGUUCCCCCGGUGGGCAGAUCUCCUGCCCCAAGUCUUCUACCAUCAGCAAUGCUGAUGGCAAGAGUCUCUCAGAAGACACCAGAAAGAACAGGUCCCACAGGGAGGAGGAGGACGGCGUGGCCUCAGGAACCAUCAAACGGCAUGUGAGACCGUCCGGAGAAGGCGAACGGCAGAGCGCGCAGUCCCUGGAGCUGUCCAAGGAGGACCUCAUCCAGCUGCUCAGCAUAAUGGAGGGGGAGUUACAGGCCAGGGAGGACGUGCUCCACUUGCUGAGGACAGAGAAAACCAAGCCCGAGGUUCUGGAGGCGCAUUACGGGUCUGCGGAGCCAGGGAAGGUGCUGCGGGCACUGCACCGUGACGCCCUCCUCGCCCGGGAGAAGUCCCUCGGGGGAGAUGUCUACGAGAAACCGAUUUCAGAGCUGGACAGACUCGAGGAGAAGCAGAAGGAGACCUACCGGCGCAUGCUGGAGCAGCUGCUGCUGGCCGAGAAGUGCCACCGGCGCACGGUGUGCGAGCUGGAGACCGAGAAGCACAAGCACACGGACUACAUGAGCAAGAGCGACGACUUCACCAACCUGCUGGAGCAGGAGCGCGAGAGGUUGAAAAAGCUCCUGGAACAAGAAAAGGCUUACCAAGCCCGGAAGGAAAAGGAAAACGCCAAGAGGCUCAAUAAACUCCGAGAUGAGCUCGUGAAGCUCAAGUCCUUCGCACUCAUGCUAGUGGAUGAAAGGCAAAUGCAUAUUGAGCAACUCGGCCUGCAGAGCCAGAAAGUUCAGGAUCUCACUCAGAAACUGAGGGAAGAGGAAGAGAAGCUCAAAGCCAUUACUUCCCAGUCCAAAGAAGACAGGCAGAAACUGCUCACGUUGGAAGCGGAUUUUGAACAAAAGGCUUUGAGGUUUUCCCAAGAGCAUGAAGAGAUGAACAUGAAGCUGGCUACUCAGGAGACUCACAACCGGCAGCUCAGACUCAAGCUGGUCGGCUUGUCCCAAAGAAUCGAGGAGCUGGAAGAGACCAACCAACAUCUUCAGAAGGCAGAGGAAGAACUGCAGGAACUGAGAGAGAAGAUCGCCAGGGGGGAAUGUGGCGGCUCCAGCCUCAGGGCCGAGGUGGAAAGCCUGCGGAAGCGCGUGCUCGAGAUGGAGGGUAAGGACGAGGAGAUCACGAAGACGGAGGCCCAGUGCCGGGAGCUGAGGAAGAAGCUGCAGGAGGAGGAGCAUGGCAGCCGGGAGCUCCAACUUGAGGUCGAGAAGUUGCAGAAGAGGAUGUCCGAGCUGGAGAAGCUGGAGGAGGCGUUCAGCAGGAGCAAAUCCGAGUGCAGCCAGCUGCACCUAAACCUGGAGAAAGAAAGGAACUCUGGCCAAGGCCUGCUGAACGAGCUGGAGGCGGUCAAGAGCCGCGUCAAGGAACUGGAGUGUUCUGAAAGCAGGUUGGAAAAGGCUGAACUCAGCCUAAAAGACGACCUGACAAAGCUCAAGUCGUUUACUAUGAUGCUGGCGGAUGAAAGGAAAAACAUGAUGGAGAAGAUAAAGGAAGAAGAGAGGAAAGUGGACGGGCUCAAUAAAAACUUUAAGGUGGAACAAGGAAAGGUCACGGAUGUGACCGAGAAACUGAUCGAAGAAAGCAAGAAGCUUUUAAAGCUGAAAUCUGAAAUGGAGGAGAAGGUGUACAGUUUGGUAAAAGAGCGAGAUGAAUUAAUAGGCAAACUGAAGAGUGAGGAAGAGAAAUCCUUGGGGCUGAGAUGCAGCGUCGACCUGCUGACGAAGAGGCUGGACGGGGCGUGGGGAGAAGGCAGGGAGACCACAAGGGGGGGGCCCCGAGCGGGACCGGAGCCCGCCGGCCCGGAAGACAACAGGGUUCGGGACCUGACGCUGGAGGUCGAGAGGCUGAGGCAGCGCCUCCAGCAGCUGGAGGUGGUGGAAGGCGACCUGAUGAAGUCGGAGGAUGAGUACGACCGGCUGGAGCAGAGAUUCAGGACCGAGCAGGACAAGGCCAACUCCCUCUCCCUGCAGCUGGAGGAGGUGAGGCGCCAGAUGGCCAAGGGCAGGGCCGCGGAGCGCGGGGAGGCUGCGGGCCAGGAGGCCGAGCUGAGGCACAGGUUCCGGCUGGAGGAGGCCAGAAGUCGGGACCUGGAUGCCGAGGUGCAGGCCCUCAAGGAGAAGGUCCACGAACUGAUGGGCAAGGAGGACCAGCUCUCCCAGCUGCAGGUGGACCACUCGGUCCUCCAGCAGCAGUUCCUGGAGGAAGAGAGCAAGAACAGAACCCUGGGGCAGGAGGUCGUGACCCUGAGCAAGGAGCUGGAGCUGUCCAGGCGCUACGGCCGCGCGCUCAGGCCCGGCGUGGGCGGGCGGCGGCCGCUGGGUGUCCCUGUGGCGUCCACGGGGGUGCAGACCGAGGCCGCGGGCGCCGGGGCGGCGGACGAGGACACGGCCGCCGUGUUCAUCCGCAAGUCCUUCCAGGAGGAGAACCACAUCAUGAGCCACCUCCGCCAGGCGGGGCUGAGGACGCCCCCGGAGCGGGCCCCCGUGCUGGACAGGUACCCGCCGGCUGCCGGCGAGCUCACACCGAGGCGGUCCUGGGCCCCGUGGACGAGGAGGCGGGAGCCCGCGCCGGAGAAGGGGGGCCCCGGGGGGCGGCCGGCGGCCCCCAGGCAGGGCCAGCCGCUGCACAUCCGCGUCACGCCCGACCGCGGGAGCAGCACGGCCACCCUGGAGAUCACCAGCCCAUCCCCCGAGGACUUCUUCUCCAGCACCACCGUCAUCCCCACCCUGGGGGGCCAGAAGCCCAGGAUAACCAUUAUUCCAUCCCCAAAUGCCGUGUCCCGAAGACCGAAGGGUGGAGAGGCGCCCCUGGGCGCGGAACGGGCCGUGUCCCCCGUCACCAUCACCACCUUCUCCAGGGAGAAGAGCCCCGAGGGCGGGAGGGGAACCGACAGGCCCACGUCCCCCAUCCAGGUGACCGUGGCCACGUCCGCAGUGCCGGCGGAGACGGCGGCACCUCCCGAGGCCCCGGAGGCGCCCGCGGGCCGCACGGUCCUCAGAGUCACCCCGGAGAAGCAGGCCGCCCCGACCCGUGCACGGCAGUACAAUGCCAACGCCAACAUCAUAACCACGGAGGACAAUAAAAUCCACAUCCACUUAGGUUCUCAGUUCAAGCGGUCGCCUGCGACUUCAGCCGAGGGAGCGAGUCCCGUCAUCACCGUCAGGCCCGUCACGGUGACAGCUGAGAGGGAGGCCCCCACUGGCACGGUCCUCCGCGCCCCCAGGAACCACCUGUCGCCGCGACCUGGUGGGAGCAAAGUGACCAGCACCAUCACCAUCACGCCGGUCACGGCCUCCCCCACCCGAGGCGCGCAGCCUGCGUCAGGACAAGACGGGGCGUCCCAGCGGCCUGCACCUACCCGCAUCCCCAUGUCAAAAGAGAGCGUCAUCAUUCACCAGUUGCGUAUGAACUCCCGAUGAACUGGUAAACCGAGCCCGAACGGGGUGUGUGUACUUCUUCUGAAUCUCUGUUGAAUGGACAGCAUUUCUACAGCCUCAUGAUCACUGAGGUCCUUCAUGCUACUGAUCACUACUGGAAAUAAUUUUCUACAUUCAGUGAUUUUUUUUUUCGAGGAUAUAAUUUAAAAGCUGAAAACGACAUUGUUGAUAAUAUGAAAAUAGCCAGAGUGAUUCAAUCUUUGUGUCAAAAGAAAUUUACUUUAGCAAAGCUUUCAGGUCCAUGGGCACAUGCUAUGUAAUUUAUUUUUCUAAUACACUUUGUAAUGUGAUUUUUUUCCCUGAAGUGUUUCCUUUUUCAUAGUCGAUGGCACAUAUAUCUGAAGAAUACACUGUAGGUUCUUCAAAGUAUUGGCUUUGGUGCAUUCAGAAUGGUAAACGGUAACUAUUUCCUUUGGUACGUUUGUUAGUUCUGAAGGAUUUCCCAGGAUAAAUUCAAGAGGUGAAACCGAAGCAUGAGGUUCUGGGAGAGGUUAUUCACGGCUGUUCCGUGCAGUCAUGGUUCGCAUCACGGUUCAGCACUAACAAACUCUGAUUUAAGAGUUCACUUUCAAAUACUUAAAGUCAGUGUCUAACGUUGCCCUCUCUGAUGUUCUCUGCCAAAAAACCCCGGAGGAACUGGUUUUCACAUGGAAUGAAUUAGCAAAAGGAGAUGUAUGGGGUUCAACCAGCAAGGGUUAUAGGAACAGCUUUGACUGAGAGUUCAAGUACAUUUAUGUUUUCAUUAUUUGCUUAUAUGUCCCUGACUGAUAUUUUUUACAAUCUACCCAAACCAAACCCUGAAAAUAAAAACUGACCUAGAUAAUAUCAGCAUCUUUUUAAAAAAUGGUAAGAGAAAUCCCUAGAUAACUUUUUUUCCCCUCAGUAGAUAGGAUUUAGACAGAUUUUCCUAACCCCUGAUAGGUUGGAGAAUAUAUUCUUUGAAGAUAAAAAGCACACAUGCACUCCUCAAAUCUGCAUGUCAGAGCUGCUGUCGAGUUCAGGCCUCUGUGUGAAUGUGCAUCUGAAGCCUUCUUGAAGUCCCAGUAGAGGUUUUUAAAGACUUUGUUAAUGUAGACAUUUUCAAUGAGGUCUUUAAAAGGAUGCUUUAAAGAAAAAUGAGGAAUUGACACAUCGGUUUCCAAAUGCAGAAAUCCUGGAUCCUGUCACGUCACCAAGAUUCAGGAAAGAAGGCUUCAAAGCAUCCAAAGGGCAGCUAACACCCCACAAGCAAUGCUGUUGGCCCUUUCUCCAGUUUGCAGGUUGUAACCAGGCCUAGAAGCCCAUGCGGGGAGUCUGCACUGAGUCUUUAGAAUAGAAAAAAUAAUGUUGGAUUUCCUCCACUGUGUCCCUUUGGAAUGUUUUAAGGUAUACUUUGUGGAAUUCUCAAGUCCUCUUCAAUAGGAAUUAUAAAUUAAAGAACUGUAUUUUAAAUAAAAUUAGUUUUGAUUUUUGUAAGUAAGGAAGUGCUACAGUAGGCUUGUCCUAGCUUGAAUGAUGAUGAUAAGCACAUCCCAUAACCUGCAGAGCUUUUGAUUAUUGGUAGAGAAAACUAUGGAGUGUAUGUGUGAAGAUUUAAAAAAUUGUUACAGGUUUUGUGUUCUGAAGAUGUUUCUGAACUGUAAUGGCAUUUUCAAAUGUAAAAGGGUUUUAUUUAGUGUCGUUAUCUUUUCUGACUCACAGUUAAGUUCCCUGUUGGCCGAUGUGUAUACUUCUGAUGGCAAAAACAUUCUGACGUAUCACAGGUUGGCUUUGUAGUGAAUAACUUCCUCAACUUGUGGGGAUCCUAUUAUACUAAUAGUGAAAAGGCUGGAAGGUAAGCCUUUAAAUACUACUUGACUUAUUUAAACUAUCACAAGUAAUUUAUGUAUAUUUGGAGCUGAAGUUUUUGUCUCCUGAAUUUAUAAUGAAAUUUGGUUCUCGGUGGUGCAGUCAUUUUGAUGCAUGCUCAGUUUCUUCCUCCCCAAACUAUGACUAAGCCUUCUGUUUAAACCCAGAUGGAAUCCGAGUGACAGAUGAGAAAAAUUAAUUAAAAAAUUAAUUGUUCUGAAAUUAAAAAAUGUUAAAAACAAACAGAAAAUGGAAAUCACAGAAUAGCCAUAUCAUUAUCUAAUGAAUAAACAAGAUCAUAAGUGGUUAUAGCCCAAUAUCUACGUCCAAUUGAAAAAAUUGCUCCCACACACAAUCCAGGCACCAUCCUAGACUCACGAAAUUUCUUUAUCUUUUAUUCAGAGUAAAUCUCCAAUCAUCAGAAUGAAUAAGAAUCAUUUUUUUGAAUGGAAUAAUUAUGUUUUCUGAAAUAUAGUCAGCAUCUUCAGUUUAAGGCAUGGUAGUUGAACUAAUCCAUUAUUCUACCCUUUUCUUUUUGAUAAAAAAAAGUGUUUUUUUGAAGGUCCCUUCUGCAGGUACCCUUUCUUCAAAUAGUUCAUAAAAUACCGGGGUUUCAUGAAGACAGCAGAGUAAAUAUUCCAGUGUCAGAUGCCUGGAAUGUUCACAAAAAUGUGAAAAACGAGUUGUGUUUUAGGAGAACCGUUAAGGAAAAUAUUCACGGUGUGGAACAUCUAGCUUAAACGUUAAGAAAGAGCCCCAACAUUGCCGGAACGUCUCAGAGCACGAGUGAGGGCGCGUCAGACAGUGCGCUAUGCUGAAGCCCGUUCUCCUUGCCUGUGGUUGGGCUUUCCGGGCAAUGAACAAAACACGUAGCAAAAGUUUGGUGUGUUCAUGAAUUUGACGAGGAACACUUCUAAAAAUAACAAAAACGCAAAAUGGAAGUCUGGGAAGAGCACGGCGGACCCCUGAAGCCUGUGUUCCCCUCAGGGCCCCAGCCCAGGCUGUGCCUCUGCUGAACAAGCUGGGGAGCAGACAGGAGACAUGACAAAAACUGGUGUGAUAAAGUUGUAAGGACUGGGAGAGUUUCAUAGGACUUUGUUUACUUACCACUGACAUUUUAUUUUCUUAAAUUUUCAGCAUUUACUCUGUAACUACAUGAUGAUAACUGUUUGUUACUUGGGGGAAAACUUUAGAUUCACAAGUUUGAACAGAAAUGUUUACAGGUGCCAAAACAUGAUGCUUUUAUUUUUUGGUUUUGUAUUUUUGUUUAUGUUAUUGGGGUAAUUUUAUCUUACCAUUCACAGAUUUUGUGUGUUCUUUUUUUUUCUAACAGUGCAGACUUGUAUUUACUUGGAUUUUGUUUUUAAAAUAUCAGAUGUUAGCUUCUCCAGCAUUAAGAGGUUUACAGGGUGGUCAGAUAUUCUUAGAAGUCUUGCAGGUAUAAUGGAUUUUCACAAGCAAAAAUUGCAUUGAUGCAUCGUGGAGUUCGAGUCUAUUUUUGCAGCAUUCUCACUUUUGUCUCCUUUAAGUUUCCUGAGUACACAAGAAGUUUUCAGUUUUUGCUACAGCCGAGUGAAUUUAUGCAUAUGUACUUGUCUUUUCUAUGAAUGUAAUAUCCUACUUUCAGUUCCUCAGAGGUUAUUGAAAUCGUUUAACCAAUUAAGGCAUUCUCUCUGUGUUAUUUCCAAAGUCAACUUUGUCUAUCAAAAUCUCACCAGAGAGAAAAAUGACAAUUGUGAUAUAAAAGCAAUGUGCAAUAUUCUUCUUUGAGUUGGAAUAUUCAUAAAAUUAAAGUAAUCUAAAGUGAA